AAUAUGUCGACCUGCUAUAUAGGAACACUUAUUCGAUGGUAAUCGUGACUAUCUUAUCAUGUUUUGAGUGUUUCGUAAAUGUCCACCAUGUCCACGUUUAUCUGAUCGUGAACAAGUGGCGUUUAUUGCAAAAAUGGAUUUAAGGAAAUUUGUGUGGAUUUACUCACUGCUAUGCAUGGGUCGCGGUGUGUUUGGUGUGGACGGAGACGUCUGCAAGGACAUUGACACCCAGGCUUGUGUCCUCAUGGCUCAAAGGAACCCCGCCCUAUGUCAAGACCAAGUCCUUAGUCAAACGGCAUGUCCGAAAUUCUGUAAAAUUUGCCCUCUCGAAUGUUACCAUUGUGAGGUGGCAGUCCGCGACUACAUGGAUUGUAAUACGACAGCAGCAUGCGACGUUAACCAACAAUGCAUACUACAGAAGCUACAUUCUUCUCGAGACGGACAUGAUGAGUAUGUGAUGGGGUGUGCAAGCCUUCAGCUCUGUGACGGUAUAGGCCUGUCGUUGGCGUUUGGACGCCGAACGCUGCACGAGAGGAACGUGGCGUUAACGUGUUGCGAUACAGACAGAUGUAAUCUACCAACACAAUCCAGCACAGUACCAAACACCUUCACAGUGCCAAACAUCAUCACACAAAUAACUACUCAACAUGUACCGAGUUGUGUAAAAGACAUCGUGCUAAUAGUUGAAGACUUCGGGUCUCGUCACACGGGCGUGGAAAACUCUACGCCAUACGUGACCGCUUUUCUGAAGGAACUUGUAGCACGUAUUCCGAUUGGCCAAACGGACAGCCUUCUGGAACUGUCCCUCAUUGAUUCAGACAUAACCAGCGUCUGGUCUCUUACUGAUCACGUGUCCAACUACAGCUUGCAAAGUGCUAUAAAUGGUAUCCCGUUUCAACAAAGGACGGACCACCUUGAUAUCAACGAUUUAGUAAAUUUCCUCUCCAGGCAGGCAUUUACUAUCACGACAGGCAACAGACCAAAUGUACCAAAUGUAGUCGUCAUAUUUGUUGACCAGCAAGCGCGACCUAAUACGGUGGCAGGGUUGGAUUUCGAAGCACAUACUGUUCAACGGGUUAGCGGUGACAUCAUAGUUGUUAAUAUUGGACUUCACCAACACAGCGCCAUGGCCCAAAUUGCGACGCUGCUAGCCACUGACGCCAACCACGUGCUCUCGGUGAAGGGUUAUGAUGCACUUCACGGAAUCAAAGAUACGCUUGUCAAUCUUAUUUGCAACUAA